UGGGUAUUUCCGCACAAUUGGGAGGGGGUGGACAUUGUGAGAAAGUUGCUUUCGACUGACUCGCGGCGGUGGAGGAGGCGAGGCGGACAACACACCGAUACGGACACAAAUAACAUUGUCAAAAAGGAGAGAAGACACUGUUCCGUUGGAUAUUGUUCGGCUGUUUGGAUUAUCUGUUACAAAGUUCAUCUGUAACGAGCACAAAUGGCAGGAAUAUACGGCUGGUCCCAGCAGCCGCCUGUUCCCCAAGGCACUCCCUACACAGAGAUCAUCGAGCAGCCCAAGGCAAGGGGUAUGCGUUUCCGGUAUAAGUGCGAGGGGCGUUCAGCAGGCAGCAUCCCGGGGGAGAAGACUAACGACACAACCAAGACACAUCCUGCAAUCAAGGUUCACAACUACAGUGGGCCGAUCCGCGUGCGCAUCUCGCUGGUGACGAAGAGCGAGCCGCACAAACCACAUCCUCACGAACUUGUAGGAAAGGACUGCAAGCAUGGCUACUACGAGGCUGACCUGCAGGAGAGACGCGUGCACAGCUUCCAGAACCUGGGAAUCCAGUGUGUGAAGAAGAAAGAUCUUGUAGAGGCUGUGAGUUCCCGACUCCAAACGCAAAACAACCCUUACAAUGUUCCCGAGGCGAAGGUUUGGGAAGAGGACUAUGAUCUGAAUGCGGUGAGACUGUGUUUCCAGGUGUCCAUCACGAUGCCCAAUGGAGAGCUACAUCCCCUGAAACCAGUCGUCUCUCACCCUAUCUACGACAACAGAGCGCCCAAUACAGCUGAGCUAAAGAUAUGUCGAGUAAACCGUAACUCCGGAAGUUGCCGUGGAGGUGACGAAAUCUUCCUGCUCUGUGACAAAGUGCAGAAAGAGGACAUUGAGGUGCGCUUCUUCCGCGACUCCUGGGAGGGAAAGGGCACGUUCUCGCAGGCUGACGUUCACCGGCAGGUGGCCAUCGUCUUCCGCACGCCCUCAUACUGCGACAUUCACCUUACGGAGCCUGUACGCGUCAAGAUGCAGUUACGGCGGCCCUCCGACAGGGAGGUCAGCGAGCCCAUGGACUUCCAGUUCCUGCCUCCAGACCCAGACGAGUAUAGAUUGGUUGAGAAGCGGAAACGCACUGAGGGAAUGUUCAAGCAACUGAGCUCUAUGGCCCCAGGAGCCAUUGCCACAGAAAGGAGGCCAUUCCCUGCUCCCAGGAGAACGAUGCCUGCGCCCAAACCUCCAGCUGCAGCUCCCAUGGCUGCUGGUAUCUCAGUUGGGAACCCCCUAGCCGCCUCAACAUUGAAAGCCCCAACUUUCUUCGGCCCUCCACCCGGCCAGCUGUUUACCAUGCCCAAAACAGAAAUGGGCUCGGCCACCUCCGCCAACCUCCACAACGACACCUGGAAGUUCCUCACAAGCCUCACCAUAGACAACCAGCCCAAAGCCACGCCGGUGAGCCAAAGCCAAACCCCCGCAUCGGCAUCCUCCACAGCCCAGGAAUACCCCACGGUUAACCUGGCCGACCUUCAUGGGCUUAACUUCGGUGUCUACCCCACCGCCCAGGACUCUGGGGUGGCGAAUGCGGCUAGCAGGAGCGACGGGGAGACUGGCAAUGGGGCAGUUGGUGUUCAGUCCCAUGGAGCAGGCAUCGCCGGGGCCGGUCAAUACAGGGUCGAGGGUGACGAGGAGCUCCCGGAGUUCCCCAGCUUCUCUGAUCAGCAAAUCUCAGGCACCCUGGAGAGCAUCGGGAUGGAAGAUUUCGAGACACUGCUGGCUCAGACCGGCUUGCAGUGCGAGGUGUCCACCACUGGCACAGGGAUUGGGGCACAGCCCUCCGGCUGCCAGAUGACAUCCACGCUACCAUGCAGCAGUACCACCAACAACAUGGGCAACCCAGUGGAGAACGCGGUCACCAACCACACGGGAAGUGACGGCACCACCACCACCCUGAUGAACUACCCCCCAAGCCUCGCCAGCCUGCUCCAGGUCGAUUGUACCCUCGGCAAUCCCAAUGUCGCACAAAUGCCCAUUACCUUGGAUGACAUGGAUAUGACCUCCCUAGAUGAGGACCGUCUCUUGUCCAUCUUCAGUUGUGCCACUCAACCAGGGUUCCUGUCAGGCAACCACACUUAAACUAGUCCCAAAAACACUUCUUCCUGAUGGCCACACCACCAGGACUUUGUAAAGCACCACAGCCUUAAUUUCCCUUCACCAUGUCCUGGAGAUCUCAAAUAAUCCAGCUCAGACAGAAAGGAAGAAGAAUACAGGGAGCGGGAAAAAAAAAAUAUGAAGAGUCGUCGUCAUGGUUUUGAAGAAGCAGGAGACUUCUUCUGGACUGUAGUUGGCUAUCUAUCUUCUGCUCAUUUGAAAAAAAAAAAAAAAAAAAAGGCUAUGUCAAGACUGAAAGACUUUGGGCCAUAAUUUAAAUGUCAGGCAAAGUGCAAAGUCUCUCAACAAGAAAGGUUAUAGUGCAGGAACUAUAGUUAUUGUGUGGCAUGUGGGGGCAUUGAGUUGACUCCUCAAUGUUUAUGGUGUCGCCCAUGGUGUUAAAUUAGCAAAUUGAUUUUGCUAAUUUAGUUACAUGAUUUUAGUUAGUAAAUUACCUUUUAAAAGAAGUCUUGACACUUUUGUUGUUAUGGGAGGCACCACUGCAUUAUCUAUAUCUGUAUUUUAACAAUCAACCAAAAUGUCAACAAUUUGUAGCUUAUGUUCUAGCCACGCAGCUAAAGUAAGGAUACUACGUUCGGUUCAAGUAGACUAUUGAAUGUUGAUUCAUAUUUUCAGUAUUUUGGGUUGCUGAUAUCUACUUGGUUUUCUUCAGCUCUGACAAUUAGUUCUUAAUCAAAUACAAAAUUACAGUAUGUAUUUGUAUUAUCUUUAGGAUAAUCAGAGCUGGGUACUUUGAACCACAAAUGUAGGUCGUUCCUGUGGCUUUUCCUCACUAACCAUCAGAAACAUGUCUCAUUUGCAAAUCAUUCAAGUUACAUUGACUCACUGCACCAACUGGAUAUUUUAAAGUUUCUUAACUUUUCAAAAAGAGAAUAUUACCAAUGAAAGUACAAGUGACACCAUGAACCCCGUCUAGUUGCUAUUUUACGAAAUAUUUACUUGUUGGUUGGUAGUUGCACUUAGCGUCCACAUUGAAAUGUGAGGAGUCCAAACACAAGUCUGUGUUGUAAUCAUGUCCUUUCUGUUCUCAGCUUAGACAAGGCUUAACGUUAGUCUUUAUUUGAGAUGACUUAUCAGAUAUUGGUAAAUCUCUGAAGUCACUGAAUUCAUACUGAAUUCUACUGUCAGCCUCUUUUUAUGGUGCUUUUGUUAAGAAAAUACAUUAAAAUACAUUAUAGCAUUGAUUUUUGAGAGGACAUGGCUUGAGCCAUUUGCAAUCACAACUGCUGAAGAGUUUGUAAAGCAGUUUCCAAAGUAGAGAUGUGGCAUAACUGACUAUUUUUGGUAUCAUGUAAAGUUAGCUUUGGUUACACAGAUAUGUUUGUUUAUAAAAAAAAUAAGAAAGAGAAGGGAACUGUGCAUUUGUACUCACCAUCUGAUCAACUGACCUAUGCUAUAUCAGGAGGACAAUUAUUUUUUUUAGUUCUGGCUUGUUAACAGUGUAACUUGCAUAUGCAUUUAAUAUCUAAACCUGUAUUCUUUACAGUUUGUUGAUACAUCUGUUUGCGCAUUUGGAUAAUGCCUGACGACAUCCUUAAUGUCCUAGUUGUCCUCACAGGUAUAUAGGCCACUGUUGCUUCAUGCAGUAUACUGAUCAUUUCUGGUAAUAUUGCCGUUUUUGCUUUGUGUUGUUUUUCUUUGGAAGGUCAUUCAUACGAAACAUGCAUUCUGGUCUGGCUGGGGAGUGCUUAUAUGACCCACAAUCAUAUUAAUAUCCCCAGUUUUGAAGAAUACAGGGGAGGGGGGGGUUCACUGUCCAGUCUCUGUUAAAGAAAGUCGACUAAUGCGACCCAUACAUCAGACUUUGACAAGAUUUGGAAAAGAUUCUUGAAAUUUUGUAAUGUCUUGUGGUGUAAGAAUGGCUUUAAUCGUGCGUGUUACAUUAUUUUAAAAAUCAAAGAUUAUGCUAAUAAGGCCUGCAAAGUAAUGCAGUAAGCUUUUCCAGUUAAUUUGUAGCCUUACAUUACUGCCAGCUAUUCAUACAUGAUAAUUUAUUUCACCCUGUGCUCAGUAAUAUCCAUUAUAGUUGUAAAACUCUACUGGACUUAAUGAUUCGAAGCUCUUUAGAUGUAAUAUUUGUAGAAAGUCUUUAUAUCUGCUGAGUUACUUACUUUGUUGAGGGGGGAGGGGGUGUCCAUGAAUAAGUCAAACAUAUGCAAAUAAAAUGUUUAUUAAACAUUCUAAA